CCAGUUGUUUUGAACGCACUGAAGUAUAAAAUUGGAUAUUUACGAGUUCUGAGAUCCCUGUUGUUGUGAACGCACUGAAGUAUAAAGUUUGAGAUUUCCGAGUUCUGAGCUCCCAGUUGUUUUGAACGCACUGAAGUAUAACUUUUGAGAUUUCCUAGUUCUGAGCUCCCUGUUGUUUUAAACGCACUGAAGUAUAAAAUUGGAGAUUUCCGAGUUGUUUUGAACGUCACCUACUGUUGUCGUUUGGUCGACGGCGCCCCCAGGUGGUGGGUUGUGAUACUGGACAUUUAGGUGAGGUGAAGUUUUAUUUUACACCAACAGGGGGCAAGCUUUGUCUCAUGCAUAUGCAUAUGUCAUGCUCUGUUGUUGUGGCAACCCCCAACGAUGACAGGAAAUCGCGGUAAUUUCAAUUUAUUGUUUUGUUGUGUCGCAGUUUACCCGUUUAAGCUUGCUAACAUUAGUUAAGCUAACAAUCCUAAUGUUUAACAAAAUUAGUUACCGGGUGCAAUGCGUAACCGCCACAAGUUGGCUAGUUAUCUAGCUAAUUUACAACGUUUGUUGACUUUGUUCUAUUAGUUAUUUUUGCGCGAAAAACCAUUAGCUAGGCUAACUUUUGUGGCUUAGCGCGCCGAGGCUGCAGCUACUUGAAGAUGGAGCUUCGAAUGAAAUCUGCUCCAGUGGAGAUGAACGUGAGAAGGUCGACCCGUUUGAGGAAAAAUAAGAGCACGUUUUUAGAGGAUACAGAGGAAAAUAGAGAAGAGUUUCAGAACAACGUUAUGAUGGAUGAUGAUGAUCAUUCUCCAGCCCUGUCAGAAGAUGAGGCCACCACAAAGCGGUGUGGGGACUCUCACCUGGAUGUGACCGGAGUUAAGAAUUGGAUGUUGAACCGGUUAGACCGAGAAGAAGACUCUGAGAGAAAAGAGGAAGAAGAAGAAGACUCACGCAAAAACAAACAACACGCCUCUCGAAUUCCUGCUUUUCACAAAACAUUAGCCAAAAAACGCCCCACCACCACCACCACCAGCAGCAGCAGCAGUCAAAGCUCAGAUCCACCUGCCCCGUCUAUUACCAGAACAGAGUCUUCUAAACAGGCAUUCUCAACAAGCAGCAGUGGGGAGAUGUCAAGAUCAAAACUGCCCGGUAUUAGAGAAACAGGUCUCCCUCUUCCUACAGUCCGUCUACAUAAACUCAACCCUCAGACCCUGUCUCAUGCUGUUAGCUCCCCAGAGCAAAGCCCCAGCUCUCUGGAUGUUACUCCAUCUGAAGGGCAUCAGGAGCAGCUCCAUCCCAUGACGGCAACCCCUAGACCGGCCCUCAGGGCUGACGCAGGGGACUAUGGUGACCCAGGAAAACCACUCCAGACCACCGAAGAGCUCGCCACUCCAUCUCAAUAUACAAUUGAGACAUUCCUCACCACCACUGAAACUGUGCAGAAGGGCACGGAGGAAGAGUUUGAGGCUGAGGUUAGAAUGGAUAGUGGCGACAUCUCCUCUGGUCACGCUGAAAAGGAAUCCCUAGAGAUAGUUGAGAGUGAGAAGGAGGAGACUGAUCUGAAUCAGCCUGAUGAUGAUGAUGUGGAAACGGGCUAUGAGGAAACUCCCUGUGAGGCUGAGGCCAUGGAGAUUGAGUUUCUAUUAGAAGAGGAUGGAGAUGGGUUGGACUCCCCAUUGCGGGAGGAGAAGGAGCUUGAGAAGCCCAGUGUUGAGACUGAGCGCUUCAGUGAAUCUGAGGCUGUUAGUAAAAAUCGAGACAAGUCUGCAAACGAGGAGAUGGUUUCUGGAAAAUGGUCCAAAAACCCUGAGGAUACAACCGACGCUGAUACCUCAGUCCCCUCGCCCAGAGCAGUGCCUCAGAGAAAAACUAGAUCCAGUCAGUCGAACAAGACGUCGUGGUGCUGGAGCUUUGCACUAUUCUGCCUUUUCCCCUCCACUCUGCUUGUGAUUGGGGGACUGGGUCAACACGUCUGGCACUAUGGGAUGCCUCUGUCGGUGUCACAGUUGGUGGGACAGUUGGAGCUGCACUGGCUGGAGGGACUGUGGGUGCAACACGAGCCUUGUAACUCAGAUUGUCGUGUGAGCCUAGUGGAGAGCGUCCCUGAAGGCCUAUUCUACCCACCGGAUUCCUCAUCCCUACCAAGCAUCUCUGAGACAUGGACUAAUCUACUGACCAGGGCCAACAGCUCUGUGGACAUAGCUGCUUUCUACUUCACCCUCCGAGACACUGACCUGGGACUCACAGAGCCUAGUGCUGUACAGGGAAAACAGGUCUUCAAGCAGCUGAUGGAACUUGAAGCAAAAGGAGUGAAACUUCAGAUUGCUGUUAAUGGUCCUCAGACUGAUACUCGAGACACGGCGGAUUUAUCUAGAACAGGUGCAGAGGUACGGGAGGUGGAUCUCCAGUCAGUGACAGGAGGUAUCAUCCACACCAAGCUGUGGGUCGUGGAUCAGAAACACCUCUACCUGGGCAGUGCCAACAUGGAUUGGCGUUCCCUCACACAGGUGAAGGAGGUGGGAGUUUCCAUGGAGGACUGCAGCUGCCUGGCACAGGAUGCGUCAAGGAUAUUCGGGGUGUACUGGAACAUUGGUGCUCAGAAAAAUGGUUCCCUACCCCCCUUCUGGCCUGCCCGAUACUCUGCCCUCUCCAGCUCCGAGCACCCCUUGAAUCUCAAACUCAAUGGAGUCCCCGCACGAGUAUAUCUCUCUAGUGCUCCACCUCAGAUAUCAGCUUAUGGACGCUCAGACGAUCUAUCCACCAUCCUCUCUGUCAUCGCAGACGCCCAGAAAUAUGUCUACAUCUCAGUCAUGGACUAUCUUCCAAUGUCCCAGUUCACUGAGCCACUCAGGUUCUGGCCUGCGAUUGACUCAGCCAUACGGGCAGCAGCGUGUACUAGCGGGGUAGAGGUCAACCUUCUAGUAAGCUGCUGGUCACAUUCUCCGGGCUCCAUGUUCGUCUUCCUACAGUCUCUGACCGUCCUCAACAGACCUCCCCUGGGAUGCAACAUCAAUGUGAAAGUAUUUGAGGUGCCUUCAACAGCAGAGCAGAAGAAGAUUCCUUUCUCAAGAGUGAACCAUGCCAAGUACAUGGUGACAGACAGAGUCGUCUAUAUAGGAACCUCCAACUGGUCAGAGAACUAUUUCACCCACACUGCAGGUGUUGGGCUGGUGGUGAACCAGACAGGUUCUGUGGUGGGAGAGGGCCAGAGGAGUUUACAGACCCAGCUACAGGAGGUCUUCUUAAAGGACUGGACGUCUCAAUACGCCCAAACCCUUUCCAAUGACGACGCCAAACACUGUGGUAGAUGAUGCUAACCGUGAUGGCCCGUGGCUCUGCAUCCCAAAUGGCACCCUAUUCCAUAUAUAGUGCACUACUUUUGACCAGGAAAAAAAUAGUGCACUAUGUAGGGAAUAGGGUGCCAUUUGUGACGCGAUCCCAUAUUGUUUUUGGCAUAUACUUUCACUGGUGCUCAGUGUGCUGCCUAUCACAAGAGCAUGCGCUUACAUUGCAUUUAAUGCUUACGAAUUGUUUUAAACAACUCACAUUUCAUAAUUCUGUUCUGUUACAUGCAGCAUUUGACUAUAUGUAUGUACAUUUUUUGGUGUAUACAUAUUUUCUACUUGAGUUAUUUGCGGAAACUUUUUUUCGCUUCUCAAUGGAAGUGUCAAUAUUGAAAUCAUCUUGAAGUUCUGUUUUUGAUCAAUUUCCUUUUCUUUGACUGACUGACACUGUCAGUGACUCGAGGCAUGUGUUGUCUAUAAGGGAAAAGACGGAUGACCUGUCAGUGUCAUGCCAGGUGCAUUUUUGUGUUAUGUUAUCUGUUGAUACUGUUUACAACCAAAGAUGUUUCAACUUCAUUCUUGUUCUUGAAAUUAAAUAUUUGUUAUUAUUUUUAA